GUUUACCAGGUGCAUCGUGCACAGGCAUGUGAUGCUGUGCUGCUGACUGGUCGCAGAGGACGUUGCGCAGCUGCCUUGGAAAUGUCAGCCCGGUCGGAGCGGGAUUCUUGGAGCCACAAGUACCGGAGACAGCUUUCCACUGACGUCCAGCAGUACCGGCAUAUGACGGAGAUACUACACCGGCCGAGCGGAAUGGCAGUGCAUGGUUUGUCUGGAGAUGCUGUGAGUCUGAAGGGAACUCUGUCAGCGUAUGAGGAAAACUUCCCAGUAGCUCUUCCUGUACUGCUGGAUGUGGUCAGGGGUCCAGACCAUCUUCCUGCAGAUGAAAAGUCACAGGAAAUGCUGCGAGGGAAACUGUGCAUGCUGGAGGCUGACAGCUCCGAGGUCAAUACCCUAUUUAAGGAGCUGUCCGCCCAUCUCAUCUCCAUCAACAGUGAAAGAAAAGCCAUUUAUGUGAUGUUCACAACAUUUGAAGACAUAUGGAAGUUCACCACAUAUUACAAAAUAGGUUUCCUGCGCCAUUGUAUGGAGAACCUACUGCUAGAGCAGACGUUCUGGCUCAGUUCUUUGAAGGAUGACUUUGCUAUUGAGGUGACCAUUCAGGAGGAAACACUUAACCUUUUCUACAGAGGCAUCCUCCUACAAGAAGGUUCAUUGUUUGCCAGUUGCAGUGCUAGCCAGAUGUUUGACAGUUCAACCUCUGGAGGAGACCUGUACUUGGAGCAGGGAGACAUAGCCCAGUUCGAGCCUCCCUUCCUAGGCUCAGGGUGGACUGUUCUCUGUCUGGCUGAUGGAGCACGGGGCACUGCACCUAAACCUGCUCUGGAGCCAGUCAUCCCUUUCCAUCAGUGGUUUCUCAAAUCUUGUGCAGAAAGCAUUUUAGUAGGUGAUGGUAAAUCUACCUGUGACUUCCCUCUGCACUUUGCCAGAGGAACCUGUCUAGCUAAAAAGGAGUAUGAUGCUGAGGGCCCGGACGAGCUGAGCGUGUCACCUGGUGAUCCCAUCACGAUUGUGGGAUUUUUGGUGCCUUGUUUUGAUUGGUUCACGGGGAAGAAGGAAGCAACAGGAGAAAUAGGUCUGGUCAGGACAAGCUUGGUAAAACCGUCCACUGACGCUUACGACUCUGCAGAGAUUUUUUUAGAUAAAGAGGACUGGAUUUUCUCGAGUCUGCAAGAGGAAAAAGUCAUCGAAGAAUCCAUUGCCAUAUUGAAGAAAAAAUCUCAUAAUGAUAUUGGGCAUAAUUACAAACUAGGUGAGAAAGAAAAGGAAAACGGCUUACUGAUACCUACCGAUGCUCAUAGUACCAAUGCUUACAUUCCAGUUAAAUCAAAUCUUUGCUGUAAAUACCAUAUUUUGCUUCCCUCUUUUGUGGUCCAACCAGUUGAAGGGAACAAAAACACAUUGAUUCCACUCUUAUCUUUUUUGGACGGCCGAGACUACAAAGUAGAGUUUGGCAUUCUGUACGGACUGAGUUCUGAAAAACUGGCCUCCUCCACUUUCACUGGUCACUGUGAUGAGGAUGAACUGAUUUCCUUUCUGGCUGUUGCCAGGGAGACAGCCAAGAAGAAACACCUUUUCUGGUCACAAACUCGUUUAUGCUUCCUGUUGGGGAAGUUCUGUGUGGGUAGGUCAAAGUUCAAUCAAGCCCAGGUUUAUUUUGAGGAAACUCUCAGUGUCCCAAGAGAAGGCUUCACAGACCUCAGGCUGUUGGCCAGCAUCUUCUCCAACCUUGCUGCAACAUAUCUUUUGCAGAAAAAUACAGAAAGUUUCUUUGCUGUGACAGAACGACUUGUUGCCUUACUAAUAGGAAUCCCAGAUUGUCUGAAAAGCUUAGAGGACAACUCUUCUCUUAAAUACAUGCUCAAGAAAGCUAUCCUCUCUCACAACAAAAUGGCAGAAGCCCGGGCUUGUCUGCUGUUGGCAAAGCACCACUGGACUUCUGCUAUGGGAGCUCAAGUUGUUCCUUAUCUGGAAAGGCUACUCAUUCUUUGUGAUGAAGCUCAAAGACCAUGGAGGAUCUCUCCCAGUCAUGGAUAUCUGGCACUGGGAAAGCUUUACAGUGAACUUCACCGUCCCCACCUCAGUGCCAGUUCAGUCAGGAGAGCUUCUCUGCUGCCCUCUGCCACGCUCUCUGACUGUCUUGGCAGUAUGGUAUUACUUUUGGACAGUGUCGCUGAACAAGAAACCCCCGUUCCACCUCAGAUGGCUCCAUAUUUGCACAAAGCUCUCACUUUUACAAAGCUCCAAAGUAGAGAGAGAAACCAUUACCAAAUUUUGAGCCACCAGCUCACUGUUUGUCUUUGCCAACUCUAUUGCAAACACAAGAUGACGGGACAUGCGAUUUGCCAUAUGCAGGCUCUCAUCAACAACAGUCCUUCGAGGCAAGUUUGCGUCUCUGUUUCAGAAAGAAAAGGUUUUCUCAUCUGGCUGGCGUGGCUUCACAUUGACAACAGUCAGCCUGCAGUUGCUUUGGACAUACUGGAAUCAAUCCUGGCUUCGAUUCCAGAGCACUGCACAACUCCUCAGGAAGGUGUGGUUCUCAACAUGCGGGGCGUGGCACUUCGAUGUAUGGGUGAUGUUCGGAGGGCAGCAGAGAGCUACCAGGCUGCUAUUGACAUCUGCCAAGAGUUUGAAGAUAUGCCAAACGGGGCCGUAGCUCAGGCCAAUCUAGGGUUGUUGUGUCUGAAGGCUGGAGCGAAAACACUAGCAGAGAGGCAUCUGUGUGAGGCAGUUCAGCUUUUUUCUGAGCUCAGUGAAGAAAGCAAUGUGGAAAACUUUAUCCCCGUAUUGAUGGAGCUGGGAAAGUAUUAUGUGAAGCAACAGCAGCUGGACUAUGGGAAAGGAUGCUAUGAGUGGGCUCUGCUUCUGGCAAUCAAUGCUAACUUGUUAGAGUACGAGCUCGGUGUAACACGAUGUCUGUGUCGUCUGUAUGAGUGUAAGAUUCCAAACCAGGUUCAGUGGAUACUCUACAGUCAGCACCAAGUCCAGCUGCUGAGACGCACCGGAUACAGAGAACAGGAGGGAGAAGCACUGGAAGCAAUCAGCCAGAUCUACCUUUCUAUUGGCACAGAACAGGCGUACCGAGCUGCUCUUGACUACACCAAGACCAGUCUGGGUAUUUUCAUUGACCUGGGCUGCAAGGAGAAGGAAGCAUAUGGCUGGCUACAAGCCGGGAAGAUCUACCAGCUGCUGGGCCAGAUUGAACUGGUGGACAUUUAUGUUCAGGCAGCUCAGGAUGUAGCUUUGAGCACAGGAGACACAAGCUUUAUCUUGAAGCUUCUUGAAACCGCAGGAGACAUUUUCUUCGACAGCUGCCGGGACCGGGACAAGGCUGUCAUCUUCUACAGGGACCGUGCUCUGCCAAUCGCAGUGAAGAGCAACAACGUUCACAGUAGACUGAGGCUGUGCAAUAAGCUCACUGAAGUGAUGUUCUGUCUCAAGCUGUAUGGGGAAGCAGUGGAGUUUGCUCACGUUGCAGCUGACAUGAGUAAGAGUCUGGGUGAGCAUCUGAAUGAGCGAGUGGCGUGCCACCGUCUGGGCUCCCUGUACCACUGUCUGAAACACUAUGAACUGGCUGAGCACUAUUACCUGAAGACCCUGACCCUCUGCCCAACACCUCUGCAGUUCGAUGAGGAGCCACUGUAUUAUGUGAGGCUGUACCAAACACUGGGAGACAUUAUAUUCACUGAUCUGAAGGACCCUUUUGAUGCUGCUGGAUACUACCACUUAGCUCUCGCUGCAGCCAUGGAUCUGGGCAACAAAAAGUCUCAGUUGCAGCUGUGCACCCAACUCGCCACCAUCUACCACAACUUCAUCAUAGACCGGGAGCGCUCGCUCUUCUUUUAUCAAAAGGCACGAGGAUUUGCUGCAGAGCUGAACGCAAAGAGGAUAAAUAUUUCCCCAGGCCAGCAGUACAGCAGCGCACAAUACAAGAAUAUAGGACAGUAGGAGGGACACUGCAUGAAGACAGGAGAUGUUAUUUGUUGGUACAGAGUAGACAUGAAGCAACGUUCCACACUGAAGCUGCUUUUCAAAGUUUCACAGUUUUGUUUUCCAACAUAAUGAAGUCAAUAAUUCCAGAGAAAAAACUGAUUUUUUUCAGCAGUUUAAAUAAUAAAACGUCAUAACUCUGAGCGUUGCUGUAAGACGAGCGUGCCAGCAGCAUAAACCAGGCAUGUACUGAAAUCUUAUUUUUUUAUCAUUGAAAUGAAAUACAUGAAAUACAUAAUGAAAUAUUUAUUUAAUAUCGUUUGUUUUAGGUCACAUAGAGGGAUCUUUGUCUCAAACCUAAUUAAGCUCUUU